UAAACCCUUAAAAGUGUUCUGACGACCCAGAAUGUUCAGACAAUUUGUACAAAGCGUACUGUUCGUUAAAGUUCAACGUUGGUUGAGUAAUGUCACUUCAGGUAGAUAUGAGCUCAAGGUAAGUGAAGUGAAGUUCAGAAUCCAAGCUGAACAAUCUUCUAAUAGUGCGUCUUUGUUGCUGCUUGGUGAUCGAUGAACGCGCAUCCAUCAACGUCAGAGGCUUCAACAGUUGUUCAAAUACCGCUCAACAGCUGUUCUUCGAUACAACCUGCUUAUAAAUGAAUUGAUCGUUCAGUUAACGGCAGCUCAAGUUCAAAUCACGAUGUUUUCCUGGCGUACCAUCCCCGUAGCAUUCGUGGUGACGUUAGUCCUGGGAUCGCAGCUAGCAUGGACCCGGGCCGAAUCGGACGCUGAAAAGUACUGUAAAUACCUGGACUGCCAAGGUGGUAAAAUCAAGCAGGGAGAAUCGUUUGCGGCGACCAACUUUGCGUUCGGCUACUGCACCUGUGGGGAAAACAAGGAUGGCAAGAGGGUGCCACGAUACAUGCCGUGCAACUUCGGGCAAACGUACAGUCUGGAGAAGCAGAACUGUGUUCAGGGUGUCGCGACGGCUUGAGAGCUUUCAUACUACGUCAUGGUUAUUUAAGUAAUACGGUAAGAACACAAUAUUGAGUAGUCAUGACCACAACAAUCGAGCACAAUUUCUUAUAGGGAUUAAACCGUUCGAUAUCUGGCUUGUAUUGUGUGACAGUUAAUCGAUAAGAAAUGUGAUUCACACUUAUCGAUUAGUUGUCCAACGAUACACGAGAGAUGUCAAAUUGUUUGAACCCUUCCACAGUGUGUUUAGCUAUUCGAUCUAGUUUUAUCGUUUUCCUGUCAGUCAACGAGGCUAAAUCCCAAUCGGGUUACCAACUGAUAUCGUAUAAAGUUGAUUCAGAAACUGAAUCAAAGUGGUCAUUUGAAGUAAGAAACAAUAGAAAUUGGUACAUACAUUAUUAAAUCAAAAAUUUGACGUAUAAACGAUC